UAUCAAAGAAAAAUGGUGAUUUAAAAAUGGAGUCGUUUAAGGAUCCCCAUUAUCACCAUCACUAUUCAAUAUUUACUUGGCUGCCUUCUUAUAAGAUUUAUCUUCAAAACUGAAUCAGGAGCUGAAUGUUAGUGUUUAUGCAAUGAUCUAGUUUUUAUUGUAGACGCCAAAGCUGCGGACCAGUUUAUUUAUUUACUUGAGGAAACAAGUAGAUUAUGGAGCUUAAAAUUAAAUAAAGCAAAAUUUAGAAUAUUUCUUUUUGGAUAAUAAAUCCCCAGAAAUAUAUAGGGUAUUAAAUCCUGAUGAAUUAUAAAUAUCUUGGAAUCAAUCUAUCAGAUAAAGCUUCAACAUCUAACUAGAUUAGUAAAUAAAAGGAAGAAUUAAUCAUAUCUCCAAUUAACUCAAAUGGAUCUGCUCUAAAAUGGAUUUAAAAACUUCAAAGAAUGAUAUCAUAAAAUUAUAAAGAAAAUCUCUAAAGAUGAUAACCAGAAAGACAAAAUCGACACAUCAAAAUUCACAGGUAUAGCCAGGUUCCUUAAAACCUAAAUGAUGUAUACUACUAGCAAGGAAAAAUAUGCAAUACUCAUAAAUGCAAGCUAAUAAUUAGCAUAUAAUUGAAUAAGAUUUGGGCUUAAAUUUGAAGAAUUGCAGUCAUUCCUCCAGGG